AUGGGAAACGGUGUUUCUGCUUGCGAUUCCUCCAAACUCGCAAACACCGAAGCCCGCGUCUUCUUUGACAAGAUUGUCGCCGUAUAUUCCAAUCUCCCAGACCAAUACCAAAAAGAUAAAAAUUUAGUUCGUCUUGUUGUUUCUAUUUACGAGUCAAUGAAAAUACUCCCAGAUACAGACACAUCAUUUGGUAUAACAAUUACAGGACGUAAUGCAGGCAAUUUAUUCUUAAAACGUUUAAUGCCAUUAUUACAUACUUUGCCAGAUAAUCUCACUAAAGUAUCAUUUAGAGGAAGUGACCUCUCUGAAGAAUCCAUCCCCUAUUUAAUUCACUUCAUAUUAAACACUCCACACUUAGAACAGCUUGAUCUUUCAGAAAAUAACCUCGGACAUCAAUCAAAGACUGUUUUUGAAAUCAUAACAGCCCACGAGCAUCUUACAUCACUUAUUAUGGAAGAAUGCCAUAUAGAUGAUACAGCAACAAAGGCGAUUAUUAAUUUGCUUUCAAAUAACACUAUAUUGCAAACAUUCCGUUUAGAAUCAACCAAUCUUUGCAAGGAGAGUAUCAAUGAAGUCUUCAAAGCCCUCAAAAACAACAAGUCUAUCACAGUUGCAACUCUUGGCGAUUCCUUACUUGUAGAAGUCAACGAAGUAACAGAACGCAACAAAUACGCGAAGACUCUUACAGAUCAGAUUUGCAUGUCUCCUUUCAAACGCAACUUUGCCAACAAAAUGAACGCAUACAAAUCAAUUAAAGGCCGUGAAAUGCUUGCAGGCCGUGCAAGACAGAAAGAAGAAUCUCGUAAGGCUAAUCCAGAUAUGUUCCAGAAGUUAGAAACAACAGAUGAAAGAGCUCGUCAAAUCGAUACAAUUGAAACCGCCGCAUCAUUACAGCGCUUCAGAUCUGGUAAGGCAGAAAUGAUCGGACGUCGUCCAAACAUGGAAGAUGUCUCAAUCAUCGUCGAUAAGUGCCCAAGCGAAAAAGGAAUUAUGUACGGAAUCUUCGAUGGCCAUGGUGGCAGAGAAGCUGCAGAAUUUGCAGGCGAACAUCUUCCUAAGAACAUUGCCGAUCGCUAUAGCAGACAACCCCUUGAUGAAGCUUUAAUUAACUCAUUCAAAUUCCUCCAGAUCGAUAUGAAGAACUGGUGCGUUUAUGUCGGUUGCACAGCAUGCUUAGCCAUGAUAGAAGGCAGAAACCUCACAGUUGCAAACAUCGGAGAUACACGCGCCGUUUUAUGCCGCGGAGGAAAAGCCAUCAGAUUAUCGUUCGACCACAAACCAGGUUUACCAGAAGAAACCGCUUAUAUACAGUCCAAGGGAUCAUUCGUAAGAGAUGGAAGAGUUGGAGGAAUGCUCGCUGUAUCAAGAGCUUUCGGUGAUGGUUUCCUCGGCGAUGCUGUAAAUCCAACUCCUUACAUUUCUCACAUUGAAUUGACAAAUGAAGACUUGUUCCUCAUCAUAGCUUGCGAUGGUGUGUGGGAUGUUAUCAUGGACCAAGAAGCAUGCGAUUUAAUUAUGCCAGAAGUUGAUCAGUUAACUGCUGCAAUGAAAUUAAGAGAUGCAGCAUAUGACAAAGACUCACAAGAUAAUAUAUCAGUUAUUGUUGUUAAUCUUAAGGAUACUCUACUUAAAGAAAGUGAGGCCGAAGCACAGUGA